GCAUGUACUUCAGUAAAGCGGCGCACGGGAGUAAACCAACUUCCUUUGGAUAACGAAGGCCGUCCUCCCUCCUCCGUCCACGAUGUUGGUUCCGCCCCGGGAGAUUGGAGGAGGGGAGCGCCCUGACCAGCCGUUGGAAGCCCCGCUCGCUUGCCCAGGAGUGACGCAACUCAGCAUGACCGACACCCAGCUUACGGUGCAAUGUGAGGGGAACGUAACCUGCACGGCGCUGGACCUGCAGCCCGGAGCGACGAUUGUGUCACCGAUUCUGCUGAGCUUGAGUGGGGUCGCGGGGCAGAUAUGGGCGCUGUACUACCUCUACACAACGACUCGACCGCAACAAUCACGCACCGUUUUCUUCGUCCUCUUGAGCACCUUAAUAUGGACAGAUCUCAUCGGAAAAAUUAUUACAACACCGCCCGCCCUCAUUGCCUACGCCCAUCAUGAGUGGAAAGGAGGGAAGGAGCUGUGCAACUUCCACGCCUUUUCAAUGAUGUUGAUCAGCCUCGUCACGCACCUGUUAGUCUCCACAAUGGCGGUCGAGCGUUUCAUCGGGAUUCGCCACGGAUACUUUUAUAACAAGAACAUCACCACUUCGAGGACCAAGAUGCUUCUACUGUGCAUCUGGCUGUUCAGUGUGUUGUUCUGCGCCAUGCCCCUCUUCGGAUGGGGUCAGUACGCCCUCCAGUAUCCCGGGUCCUGGUGCUUCGUCAACAUCCACGUGUGUGCGGACACGCCCCUCCAUCACCUCAUCUACACCAACAUCUUCGGCGCCUUCACCAUCAUUAACCUGUUCGUUAUGGUCGUCUGUAAUGUGGUGGUUAUCAUACUCUUGCUACAGAAGACGGUAUCACGCAACGGCAACUAUUUUGAAGGGUCCAGCCACCGUCUCUCAUGUUUAGCGACCCUUCUGUGCCUCCGUCUGUGUCGUCAUCGCUGCCCCACCACCAAGUUCUGCGCCCCGCACCGCACUUCGAAGCAACGCGAACUCGAGAUGCAGAUGGCCAUUGUCCUCCUUGUGAUCACCAUCGUCUUCGUGCUUUCCUGGUCGCCCUUGGAUCUCCGUCUGUUUAUGAACCAAAUUUGGCCUCAUCGGACACGUGAGGACCAUCUACAGGACCUAAUUUCUGUUCGUUUGACCUCCAUCAACCAGAUCAUCGAUCCCUGGGCCUACAUCAUCUGCCGGAAGCUCUUCUCCUCCCGCGUGUGGCGUUGGGUGCGACUGCCUCUGCUCGGAAGGUCGUGGCUACUGAGGAGGGAGAGUUCGAGCGUGUUGCAAGGAGGGGGGGGGUCGCGCAAGAAGGUGUCUAGGACCUUGACGCACGCCGAGAAGAAGAUGGAGUAUAAGAGUCCAUUUCAAGCUGCCGAAGACGUGGUGGUGGUGGUGGAGGAGGACCCCAGCGGGAGGGGGUGCAUCUCCCCUCCCCCGGCCCCCCCGCCCUCCAAGACGAGCCAGGGAGACGAUCUCACGUCCAAGGAUGUGGUCGAGAUCUUCAAGGACUCGGGAACAGGAUCCAACAACACGCCGUCGACUCUGUGUAGUGACUCAGGAACGGGCAACUGUAACUUGACGUAUCAUGAGCGGCGCGAGGAGGCGGGCACCCUGGCCGUCGUGCCCAUCCCGGUGUUCACGAGCCAGCAGUACCGGGUCGUCACGCCUACGUCCGCCGCCCGCCACACGCACCGGGUCCGUCGCAUCUGCUCCUCCGCCUCCGCCCGCGCCGCCUCCGCCACACGCCCACACAACCACCCGCAGAAUGCCCAAGACAUGGCCUCGGGCUCCCCCCCCUUCAACGUGGUCACGGGGCGCCGGCACUCGUGGUGCUGCCCCCAGGACGGCCUCGACGCCAAGCAGUACCGCACGCAGAGCACCCAGACGUUCAAGUCCCCGAAGGACGGCGACUCGGGCGAGGUCAGUCCCCAGCACCCUCAUUCCGGGGGCCAGCGGUACGACCACCAUGAGCCUCACCACAUCCACGACCACGAGCAUCUCCACCUCAACGACCUGGGCCACUCCCACGAGGGCUCCGUCCCGACGCGGCACGACGGACGCCGACCGAGGGGCCCCGACGACUACCCGGUCCUGAGCCCCCGCGACUUCCCGGAGCGCUACGCCCCUCGGUCCAGCGGCGACCACGUCAUCGAUCUCGACGACGACCCUGUCUUCAUCGUCGCCAGCGCCGUGGGGCACCUGUCGCACCUGGGGGAGGGGGAGAGGGCGAAGGGGGAGACCGCUUUCCCCUUCUCCUGCCCGGCGAACUCCCCUGCCCUGCCCCCCCGACACAUGGAACGGGUAGAGAGGCAGAGGAGACACACAGGAGACUCGCCCCACAAACAGUCCUCGACCGCAACGAGGUGGUGAGCCUCUGGCGCUUCAGGAGAGUGGCGCCGGAUUCAGUAGUGUAGCUAAGGGGCAUCGGGAAGGGGAUUAACGAGGCUGGAGUGUGCUGAAACGUACGCGAUGAUAAAUACAAAUAUUGCGGUUCUGUGAAGUGAAUAUUAAAUAAACACCAAGCUUCUCUUUUUUAAUG